CGCGGUACCUGGAUCCAUUGGAGCAGGCCGGCUCCGCUGCCACGAUGCUCGGCGGCAAUGAUGAGCUGGCAGCCAUGGACGCGGAGAUCAGUGAGCUGUCGGAGCAGUGGCGGCCGAGCGACAGCAACGUGCAGGAGGUCGAGAAGCUGAUCAAGCUGAUCCAGUCGACGGCCAUCCGCUGGAACCCGCGUGCAAGACGUUCACAGGCCUGAUUGGGUCGCGCAGCUACGGGUGUGCAUGAACUCGAGCGAUCUUGAUGUGCUGCUCACUGUCAAGGUGCCCGGGGAGGACGCGGAGGUCAAGCACGUCGAGUUCUUCCAUAACUUAGCCAAGGGGCUGUAUAGCGACCGAGGCUUCACCAAGGUUAUCAAGAUCAUGCACGCGCGCGUGCCCAUCAUCAAGUUCGAGUACCUGACCAGGGGCAAUGUGCGGCUGGAGGGCGACAUUUCGAUCAAUGGCAGCAUGAGCGUGGCCAAGACCAACUUGAUCUCCAGCUACAUGCAGAUUGACAGCAGGGUGCGCGAGGUGCUCCUGGUGCUUAAGGUCUGGGGCAUUCGCCGCGGGAUCAUCAACCAGAACGUUCUCAACUCGUUCGGCCUAAUGAUGAUGGGCAUUGCCUUUCUUGUCAGCCGCCGCGUAGUCCCACCGCUGCAGCUCAUUUCAACCGCGAAGGUUGGCAACCGGAUGUGGACAAACCUCGAUGCUCUACACGCGGACCCCGAGGCCAUCGCCAGGAUGUACCAGACAGAGCCCUUGGACGAACAGUCCAGCAACACUGAUGGCAUCUGCUGUCUGCACUCGGGCAAGGUUUUGCCGGACUGGUCGGUCGAGGGCAUUCGGGGUUACUUUAUGAACAACAGCUCUAGCAACUCAUGGAAGAGCCCCAACGACAGCUCUGCGGCGGAGUUAAUCCACGAGCUGUUCCAUUUCUACGGCAACGAGUUUGAUCCUAUCAACCAUGCAAUUUCGCCGCGUCUCGGUACUGCGUCGAUUCCGCGCACCAGUUUGUCGGAGCUGCAGGUGCCCUCGUGUACUAUGCAUUUGACUAGCCCAGAGAACUGGCACCGCAGCCUGCGGCUCCUGGCCAUCGAGGAUCCAUUCGAGUUGGAGAUCAACUGCGGCCGCAAUGCGCCGCCCGAGUGGGUCGAGGGAUUUUUGUGGGAGAUGCGCAGGGCUGCCUGGGCCUUGGAGCCCAGGCGCACGGGCUCCAGACAUAGUGCCAUUAAGCGGCUGCUGGUGGAGCCGUCGGCGAAUAUCUUCAAGUCUGCGGAUGUCUGGGCCCCUGCCUAUCGCAUUCUGCUCCCGGUGCUACAGUCAGUGCUUGAGGAGGAGGUGUUUGUGAGGGCCGUUGAUCUGACGAGAACUCGCUGAUUGACAUUGAGGCCUUCGAGGAGGCCUUGCUGGACAUGACGCAUACAAAUGUACUGGCAGCUAUACCGGCGAAGAAGGUACCAAGAAUUGCACC